GACAGGGCACAGGAAGGCAGAGCCUGCACUCCAGCUUAGCGUUCAGUUAGGCACAGACGCCCUCAGCCACUCUCCUCUCCUUGCUUUUCAUUUGGACGUUUUGUCGGUGGAGCCGAUCAGCAAACAGCAGCCAUGGAUGCCAUCAAGAAGAAGAUGCAGAUGCUCAAGCUCGACAAGGAGAAUGCCUUGGACAGAGCUGAGCAGGCCGAGUCAGACAAGAAAGCAGCAGAGGACAGAAGCAAACAGCUUGAGGACGAUUUGGUAGCUCUGCAGAAGAAGCUCAAGGGAACUGAGGAUGAGCUGGACAAGUACUCCGAGGCUCUUAAAGAUGCCCAGGAGAAGCUUGAGCUGGCUGAGAAGAAAGCCACAGAUGCUGAGGGAGAUGUCGCUUCCCUUAACAGACGUAUCCAGCUGGUUGAGGAGGAGUUGGAUCGUGCUCAGGAGCGUCUGGCUACUGCCCUGACCAAGCUGGAGGAGGCUGAGAAGGCUGCUGAUGAGAGCGAGAGAGGCAUGAAGGUCAUUGAGAACAGGGCCAUGAAGGAUGAGGAGAAGAUGGAGCUGCAGGAGAUCCAGCUCAAAGAGGCCAAGCACAUCGCUGAGGAGGCUGAUCGCAAAUAUGAGGAGGUCGCCCGUAAGCUGGUCAUCAUUGAGGGUGAUCUUGAGCGUACAGAGGAGCGUGCUGAGCUUUCAGAAGGCAAAUGCUCUGAACUUGAGGAAGAGUUGAAAACUGUGACCAACAACCUGAAGUCACUGGAGGCCCAGGCAGAGAAGUACUCACAGAAGGAGGACAAAUACGAGGAGGAGAUCAAGGUCCUCACCGACAAGCUGAAGGAGGCUGAGACUCGUGCUGAGUUCGCUGAGAGAUCAGUAGCCAAACUUGAGAAGACCAUUGAUGACUUGGAAGAGAAACUGUCACAUGCUAAAGAAGAGAACCUCGAUUUGCACCAGAUGCUGGACCAGACUCUAAUUGAACUGAAUAACUUGUGAAGGCACAGUCCGAUCCCCCACGCACUGUGGUUUUGGCUUUUUGUAUGUGCACCUUGCUUAAGAUAAACCCCUCUUCUUGUUCGUUGCCCCAUGGUGGAGAUGAAACAGCCACAUGCUAUUCCUAUUGCACCGUCCUGCCUUCAGAGAGACUCGACCAAGGAGCAAAGUUAAGAGGAAGUAAAGCGAAACCAUUCCUUUUAAUGAAGCUGAAACUGAGAAACAAGAUUGUUUUUGUCAGUUUUUAUCUUGAAAUGUUUGCCUUUUGCAAUCCUUGUUGUUUUUUUCUUUAUUGAUGAGUCUGCUGGUGAAUAACAUUUCAUGUUGUUGGUUACAAAGAUAUUUUCUUCUGCAUUGACGCUGAUCUGGUACGGUCCAUUCCACAUUUAUUAUGCACAAACCAAAGGACAAAGUGAGGAAAUUUUGCACUAAGUUAAACCUCAACCUUGUGCGCAUUUUGCAUUCAUUAAGACAAACUAUGUUUCAAAAGAUAAAUCUAAGUAUACAAUGACUAUGCCAGUCUUAAUGUAUACUGGUGCUACAGUUUUGUAAGGCAAUGAGUGUAAAUGCAUUGCAGUAUAUUCUUAGUUUUCUUUGAAACCACAGUUCAAAAUUUUUUCAUCUUGUCUGUAUCGUAUGAUUUCGGUCAUCUGGUUGUGCAUUGUUUUAGCAUUGUAUUAAUGUAGAUGUUUUCAAGUGUUUAUCAUUUCUGAAAUGUACAAAUUUAUGAAUAUAAAUAAAAGCACGUUUUGAAAGUUU